AUGUUGUCUAUUCCACGCUUAGGGCGAUCAUUAACUCGCUCGUCGGUCUCUACCCUCCGACCUGCCGCAGCUAUCCCGCGGUCCUUCUCGAGCUGUGCGCCUUCGUUCGACCGCACGCCUGCGCGGGGAUGGACGCCCACUCCUUUUGUGACCGAGACAGUGGGCGGUGGCUGGCACACCUAUGAUAUCUUUUCCCGGCUCCUCAAGGAGCGCAUCAUCUGCCUUAAUGGCGAAGUCGACGAGUCCAUGUCCGCCUCCAUCGUCGCCCAGCUCCUCUUCCUCGAAGCCGACAACCCCCAGAAACCAAUCCACCUCUACAUCAACUCGCCCGGCGGCUCCGUAACAGCAGGCCUCGCAAUCUACGACACAAUGACCUACAUCGCCUCCCCAGUCAGCACAAUCUGCGUCGGCCAGGCCGCCUCAAUGGGCUCCCUCCUCCUAUGUGGCGGCAACCCGGGUAAACGGUACUGCCUCCCGCACUCUUCGAUUAUGAUCCACCAGCCCUCAGGCGGGUACUUUGGUCAAGCGACCGACAUCGCCAUCCACGCGAAAGAGAUCCUGCGCGUGCGCCACCAGCUUAACCAGAUCUAUCAGCGCCAUCUUACGGGCAAGAAGCAGUUGUCGCUGGAUGAGAUCGAGAAGCUUAUGGAGCGGGAUUAUUUCAUGGGUGCGCAGGAAGCGUUGGAAAUUGGUCUUGUGGAUGAGAUUUUGGAUCGUAGAGUUAAGAGUAAGGAGAAUGGGGGUGUUGGUGAGGGGAAGCCACCUGCUGUGUAG